CCUGCAUCAUGCCGGCCUUGUCAACAGGCUCUGGAAGUGACACAGGUCUGUAUGAGCUGUUGGCUGCUCUGCCAGCCCAGCUGCAGCCACAUGUGGAUAGCCAGGAAGACCUGACCUUCCUCUGGGAUAUGUUUGGUGAAAAAAGCCUGCAUUCACUGGUAAAGAUCCAUGAGAAGCUACACUACUAUGAGAAGCAGGGCCCGGUGCCCAUCCUGCAUGGCGCAGUAGCCUUGGCUGAUGAUCUGGCUGAAGAGCUUCAGAACAAACCAUUAAGCAGCGAGAUCAGAGAGCUGUUGAAACUGCUGUCAAAACCCAAUGUGAAGGCUUUGCUGUCUGUGCAUGAUACUGUGGCUCAGAAGAAUUAUGACCCUGUAUUGCCUCCUAUGCCAGAUGAUAUUGAUGAUGAGGAGGACUCUGUAAAAAUAAUUCGUCUGGUCAAAAAUAGAGAACCACUGGGAGCUACCAUUAAGAAAGAUGAGCAGACCGGGGCAAUUGUUGUGGCUAGGAUUAUGAGGGGAGGAGCUGCAGAUAGAAGUGGUCUUAUUCAUGUUGGUGAUGAACUUAGGGAAGUGAAUGGGAUACCAGUAGAGGAUAAAAGGCCUGAGGAAAUAAUACAGAUUUUGGCUCAGUCUCAGGGAGCAAUUACAUUUAAGAUUAUACCCGGCAUCAAAGAGGAGACACCAUCUAAAGAAGGCAAGAUGUUUAUCAAAGCCCUCUUUGACUAUGAUCCUAAUGAGGAUAAGGCAAUUCCGUGUAAGGAAGCUGGGCUUGCUUUCAAAAAGGGAGAUAUUCUUCAGAUUAUGAGCCAAGAUGACGCAACAUGGUGGCAAGCAAAGCAUGAGGGUGAUGCCAACCCUAGAGCAGGCCUGAUUCCUUCAAAGCAUUUCCAGGAAAGGAGACUGGCUCUGAGACGACCAGAAAUAUUGAUUCAGCCCUUGAAAGUUUCCAGCAGGAAAUCAUAUGAGGAAACAGUUGAGUGUGAGGAAAUUAAAGAAGAUGCUGGCCUUGCUGGUAACAACAGUGGAACCUAUAUAGCUGGUUUUAGAAGAAGUUUUCGUCUCAGUAGAAAAGAUAAGAAAACAAAUAAAUCCAUGUAUGAAUGCAAGAAAAGUGAUCAGUAUGAUACGGCCGAUGUGCCCACAUAUGAAGAAGUAACUCCAUAUCGGCGGCAAACUAAUGAGAAAUAUAGACUUGUUGUCUUGGUUGGUCCUGUGGGAGUAGGGCUAAAUGAACUGAAGCGAAAGCUGCUGAUCAGCGACACCCAGCACUAUGGUGUGACAGUGCCCCAUACUACCAGAGCAAGAAGAAGUCAGGAGAGUGAUGGUGUUGAAUAUAUUUUUAUUUCCAAGCAUUUGUUUGAGACAGAUGUACAAAAUAACAAGUUUAUUGAAUAUGGUGAAUAUAAAAACAACUACUAUGGCACAAGUAUAGACUCAGUUCGAUCUGUUCUCGCUAAAAACAAAGUUUGUCUGUUGGAUGUUCAGCCUCAUACAGUGAAGCAUUUAAGGACACUAGAAUUUAAGCCUUAUGUGAUAUUUAUAAAGCCUCCAUCAAUGGAGCGUUUGAGAGAGACAAGAAAAAAUGCAAAGAUUAUUUCAAGCAGAGAUGACCAGGGUGACGCAAAGCCCUUCACAGAAGAAGACUUUCAAGAAAUGAUUAAAUCUGCACAGAUAAUGGAAAAUCAAUAUGGUCAUCUUUUUGACAAAAUUAUAAUAAAUGAUGAUCUCACCAUGGCAUUCAAUGAGCUAAAAGCCACUUUUGACAAAUUAGAGACAGACACCCAUUGGGUACCAGUCAGCUGGUUACAUUCAUAACUGAGGGACAUUUCCAUAACCAACUUUAUAUUAUAUAGAGUGCAUGAUUAAAUCAGUUACCAUUUUGGUGGUAGGGUUUUUAAAUCUGUAUCAUUGUCAUAGAUGUACAAUCUUGGUUAAAAUUGAAUUCUGGUUUUGUUUGUAUCUUUUUACAGCCUUAUUUUAAACACAAUGUGUAAGAUCUGAAAUCAAAAUUUGCACAGCACUGUAUUCUGAGCAAAACUUUGAACCUUCUGGUUGUCUUUAAUAUAGCUCUAUCUCCAAGACGAGGCUGAAAUUUUUAGAGACAUGGCUAGAGACUUAAUGUGUAUGGGAGUUUGGUGCUUCAGCUGGUCUCAGACACAGUUGCUGCCACCAAGAUUGUAUGUUAGCAGUUGAAGGUAUCCACUUAGCACCGGAAGCAGCUUCAGACAGACAGGACAGCUUUGCUAUUUCCGGGUGGAUCAUCACAGAUUUAGUGGGGCUGGAAGUAAGGAGGAGUCCUCUUACUAUUUAAAAAGUGUAACUUUUUCUUCAUAUACACAGUAUGUUCAUAGUAUGUGCAUUUUUAAAUGGUUCUUAAAGGAGUAACUGGAAAUUGACCUUGAGUGAGUGGCCUUCAGAGUAGAGCUUGAGAAAUCCUGCUGAGUGAGUACAUGUCAGUGGCCCAACAAAUAUUUAAUAAGGGAAAAUAGACUUUUAAAAAUUACUAUAUAUGGAGUUAAAAACCUUUAUGGUAUGAAUCUUAGAAAGAAUGGUACUGUCUUGGGGCAAGCAAUUAUUACACAGGAUACUUUUAUUUGUUAAUCUUUAGAGGACAUUUCUGGAGUCAACAAAAAGAUUUCUUUAGCUGACUAUAGAUUUUCCCAACAAAUUAUAAGAAUGUGAUUCCUGCUCUAAAGCAUGUUUUAUGUAUUAUUGAUACAGUUGAAGAAAAUGUGAUCAUUUCUCAAAUACGUGCAAUUGAUCUCCAUAUCUUUAAAUUUCACUAAGAUGUGUUUUAGAAAACUUUCAUAUGGUAAUUUAUUUUUCAGAAUGGUUCUUAACACUGUCCAGAUAAUAUCCUAACACUGUCAUUGUUAAAGAAAGAUUCUUAUAAGUAUUUAGAUGGGGUCUCUCAUUCUUCUUUGAUACUACUGAUUUUCAGCAAGUGAAUGAUAUAGUUCAAGAUACUAGAAAUGCUCAUAAGUUCUAUAAGAGAACAUAUGUUCUGCCAAUCAUGGUGGUUCACACCUGUAAUCCCA